AUGCUAGUUCCCAACAAGCGGCAGCGCGUCGCCUCUGAGGGCGCGCAGGCUGCGCCGUCGGCGGCCGAGGUCGAGGAGCCUCAGCCGUUCGACUUCAUGAGCCUGUGCGAGCGCUUCCAGGUCACCGAGGCGGCCGCUGCGCAGCCGGAGAUCGUGAUCGACGAGGUCACCCCGUCGGCCGCCACUGUGCUGUCGGUGGACGAGCCCGUCGGGAAGGUGCUGGCGAAGAAGGAGCUGGUCAAGAACACCGUCACCGGCUGCACCAUCGAGGGCGUGCAGUUCGACGUGAUGGGCAGCGACGUCAUCUCCCGCCUGGCGGAGCUGCAGAUCAUGAAGCGGGAGCUGUACGACAACAACACCAACGAGCCGCUGCCGCUGGGCGUGCUCGACCUGAAACUCGGUUCUAACAGGGGUGGCAGCCUGUGCCAAACGUGCGGCAAGGACCUCAAGCAGUGCGUCGGCCACUGGGGGUACAUCCGGCUGCAGCUGCCCGUGUUCCACAUCGGUUUCUUCAAGUACACCAUCCAGAUCCUGUACUGCAUCUGCAAGAAGUGCUCGUACCUGCUGCUGCCUGACCACCUGGCUCGCAAAUUUCUGGAGGCGCACCGCCGCAGGAUCGACGACCCCCUUCUGAAGCCGCUGCUGUUCAAGCAGAUCUUGCAGGAGUGCCGCAAGAUCACCAAGUGCCCGCGCUGCGAGGCUAAGCAGGGCGUGAUCCGGCGCAUCGUGAAGCCCGUGAUGGACCAGUUCAUGAAGCUGCGCCACGUGAUAAAGUUCAAGGAGGGCGGCAAGAUGCAGACGGUGGAGGAGGACCUGAACCCGCUGGUUGUGCAGCAGCUGUUCGAGGCCAUCGACCCCAUCCACGCGAAGAUCCUCAACGUGGUAUCGCCCGAGAAGCUGCUGAUCACCAACCUCGCGGUGCCCCCGAGCUGCAUCCGUCCCAGCGUGACCAUCGAGGCGCAGGGCACGACGGAGGACGAUCUCACGUGCAUCUUCUCGGACAUCGUGGAGCUGAACAACGGCUGGAAGAACCAGAUAAAGAACGGCAGCCAGAUCAGCCAGUUCAUCCUGAGCUGGCAGUGCCUGCAGCUGCAGUGCACGCGUCUCAUCAACGCCGACGCGCCGGCGGUGUCGCAGCUGCUGGUGUCGCGGAACAUUUCCAAGCCCGGCAGGGGCAUCUGCCAGCGCCUCAAGGGCAAGGAGGGCCGUUUCCGGGGCAACCUGAGCGGCAAGAGGGUCGACUUCUCCGCGCGCACGGUGAUUUCGCCCGACCCCAACGUGGGCAUCGACGAGGUGGUGGUGCCCGAGUGGAUCGCCAUGAAGCUCACGUUCCCCGAGAAGGUGACCGCGUCGAACAUCGCAAUAAUGAGGAAGGCCGUGCUGAACGGCGUGUCGAUAUGGCCGGGCGCGACGUACGUGAAGAAGGCGAACGGCGGUAAGAGCAGCCUGCAGUACGCCAACCCCAAGUACAUGAGCGACAACCUGGCCGUCGGCGACGUGGUGCUGCGCCACCUGUGGGACGGCGACGUGGUGCUGUUCAACCGCCAGCCGUCGCUGCACCGCAUGAGCAUCAUGGCCCACCGCGUGCGCGUGAUGCCGGGGUCUACGUUCCGGUUCAACGAGUGCGUGUGCCAGCCGUACAACGCCGACUUCGACGGCGACGAGAUGAACCUGCACCUGCCGCAGACGUACGAGGCGAAGGCGGAGGCGCUGCACCUGAUGAACGUGCUGCACAACCUCACGACUCCGAGGAACGGCGAGCCGCUCAUCGCUGCGGUGCAGGACUUUCUGUGCGCCAGCUACCUGCUGACCUCUAAGGACCGCUUCCUGACGCGGGAGCAGUUCGCGCAGGUGUGCUGCCACUUCACCGACGCCGAGGUCCACGUCGACCUGCCGCCGCCGGCUAUCCUGUUCCCCGUGAUGCUGUGGACCGGCAAGCAGGUGUUCAACGCGCUGCUGCGUCCGAACCGGAGCUGCCAGGUGGUCGUGAACUUCGAGUGCAAGGAGCGCGAGUUCCACGACCCGCCGCCCGGUCUGCAUUCGUGCAUGUGCCCGAAGGACGGUUACGUCAUCUUCCACAACUCCGAGCUGGUGUCGGGCGCGCUGGGCAAGAAGUCGCUGGGCGCGUCCAAGAGCGGGCUGUUUUACCAGCUGCUCACGCGCAACAACCGCUUCAUUGCGGCUGACUGCAUGCUGCGGGUGUCGAAGCUCACCAGCCGGUGGCUCGCCGGGUUCGGGAUGACCAUCGGGCUGGACGACGUCCGCCCCGGCAAGGAGCUGCUGCGUCAGAAGGAGAAGCUGCUCCAGGACGGGUACACCAAGGUGUCCGAGGCCAUCGACAGCUUCGACACCCUGCAGGCGCUGCCCGGCUGCACCCGCGAGGAGACCCUGGAGCUCAAGGUCAAGCGCGUGCUCGACGAGCUGCGGAACGAGGCAGGCAAAGCGUGCAACUCCAACCUGCGGGCCGACAACAAGCCGCUGAUCAUGUUCAACUCGGGCGCGAAGGGCGCGCUCAUCAACAUCGCACAGAUGGUGGCGCUGGUGGGCCAGCAGAACGUGUCCGGCCAGCGCAUCGAGAACGGGUUCAUCGGCCGUACGCUUCCGCACUUCGACAUCGGUUGCAUGGACGCGAAGAGCAGGGGGUUCGUGGCUAACUCGUUCUUCUCCGGCCUGGAGCCCGAGGAGUUUUUCUUCCACACCAUGUCCGGCCGGGAGGGCCUCAUCGACACCGCCGUGAAGACCAGCGAGACCGGCUACAUGCAGCGCCGUCUGAUGAAGGCGCUGGAGGUGCUGUCCGUGUGCUACGACCACACGGUGCGCACGUGCGACGGUCACGUGGUGCAGUUCCUGUACGGCGACGACGGCCUGGGCGGCGCGUCGCUGCACAUGGACAUGACGGCCCUCGACAUGACCCUCAAGCACAUCCGCUGCAUCACGCGCAACGCCAUACCGAGCGACGCGCCGCACUCCGGCGUGCUGGAGAUCCUGCCGGUGUCCGUGGAUCACGUCGGCGACGAGGUGCUGCACCAGGUGCUGGCGGAUGGGGAGCUGCGCAGGCUGCUGCCCAUCCAGCUGCAGAAGAAGGUGGAGACCCUGGUCAACUGGAACAGGAACGCGUCCGCGAGGUCGCGUCUCGUCGACGGUUCGCGGACGCAGCAGGUCCUGAACAACCUCCGGGCGUUCUUCGCCGUGUACAAGGUGCUGGGGCAGCGCGAGCGCAACCUGCCGCUGUUCCCCGAGGAGAUCGUCGCGUGGGUGGAGUUCCUGAGCCCGAUGCUGAAGGAGGUGCUGCCGUCCGCCAUCCAGGACCACUUCGAGCUGUCGCACGAGGGCUCCGACGACCCCGAGCUGCGUAAGCAGUACGACUACAACUCGUCCAUCAUCGACACACUGCGGAAGUGGGCGGCGAGCAUGGGCAUCCAGCGUAGCUACGCCGAGAUCUGCAGGGAGUUCUACGCCAGCUGCAAGACCCCCACCGAGUUCAGGAUGGACAUGAUCAAGUGCCAGCACAGGCUGUCCGUGCGGCAGGUGUUCGAGUACGUCCGCUGCUGCUGGAAGGAUUACCAGAAGGCGAUCUGCGUGCCGGGCGAGGCCAUUGGUGCGCUGGGAGCGCAGUCCAUUGGCGAGCCCGGCACCCAGAUGACCCUCAAGACCUUCCACUUCGCGGGGGUGGCGUCCAUGAACGUCACCCUGGGCGUGCCCCGCAUCAAGGAGAUCAUCAACGCCGCCAACACCAUCCAGACGCCCAUCAUCGAGGUGCCGCUGCUCAACAACCGCGACUUCGGCUUCGCGCUGGCCGUCAAGGCGCGCAUCGAGAAGACCACCCUGGGCCAGGUCUGCAGCAACAUCAAGGAGAUAUUCGCGCCCACUGGCGUGGUGCUCAAGAUAACGCUGAACGAGCCUCUGAUCAAGAAGCUGCUGCUGCAAAUCGACGCGGACAAGGUGCGCGACGUCAUCCUCGACCACAGCAUCAUCACCAAGUUCAAGCUGGGCAAGCAGUGCGUGCGCGUGAUCGACAAGUGGAAGCUGAGCAUAGAGCUUGCGGCGAACCAGCAGCAGUUCUUCCAGCAGCACGCGCUGAUCGCGAGCCUGCUGCAGAUCAUGGUCGCCGGCGGCAAGAACAUCCGUCGUACCGUGAUAAAGAAGGAAAGCGGCGCCGACGGGUUCCACUACCAGCUGGCGGUGGAGGGCUACGGCCUCCAGGAGGUCAUAGGCGCCGCCGGCGUGCUGUGCACCGGGGUGAAGAGCAACCACGUGCUCGAGGUGGCCAAGGUGCUCGGCAUCGAGGCCGCGCGCAGCGUGAUCAUCAGCGAGAUCCAGAAGUGCAUGGACGCGUACUCCAUCGACAUCGACAAGCGUUACAUGAAGCUGCUGGGCGACGUGAUGACGUUCCGCGGCGAGGUUAUCGGCAUCAACAGGUUCGGCAUUCAGAAGAUGCGUGCGUCCACGCUGAUGCUUGCGUCGUUCGAGGAGACGAACGAGCACCUGUUCGAGGCGGCCGUCCACCGCCGCCGCGACCCCAUAAAGGGCGUGAGCGAGUGCAUCAUCAUGGGCAAGCAGGUGCCGCUGGGCACUGGCGCGUUCGACCUGCUGCUCAAGGAGAACCAGGUCGCCGCCUGA